AUCCCUGCUGUCUGGCUAUUGACGGCGUUUUCUGUUAAAGUGAGGCACAAAUCUGUACUAUAGCUCAUCAGUGAGUUUUUGUGCAAGUCUUAAUCAUCUGAUGCCACUCAUUUCAGAUCAUCAAACAUGGCAUCACUCCCACCCAGAAAGAGUUCAACCCCAUCAAAAGGGACAAAGCAGAGCCUGUCGUCAUUAGAUGUACUUCUUCAAAUGGGAUUUCCUCAAAACAGAGCUGAGAAGGCGCUGGCCGCCACCGGAGACCGGGGCGUGCAGCUGGCCUCUGACUGGCUGCUGGCGCACGUCAACGACCCGCACAUAGACGAGGGCGACACGCGUGACUUCUACCUGUACAUGUGCCCGACGGGGGCGCUGCUGCAGCAGCUGACCCAGUUCCGGCGCCGCGUGCUGACGCAGUGCGGCAGGAACGGCGCCCACUCGCUGCUGCCGCACGUCACACUGGCGGCGCCGUUCAAGGUGACGCACCGCCAGGUGGGCCUGCUGGUGGACACGCUGGAGCGGACGGCGGGCCGCUGCCUGGCCCAGCUGCCCGACCGGUGGCGGCUCGAACGCUACGUCUCGCAAAACUACAUGGGCCUCUUCAUAGAGGAGGCCCAGGCCGACGUGCUGAAAAAGAUGACGGCGCAGCUAGCCCGCGAACUGGCGCGGCAUAACAUCAAGCUGGAGGCACAGACCAAGUCGCUCCACCUGACCCUGGCCUACCAGUUCUCGGCGGCGCACUUUGUCCAGCUGGAGGAGCUGCUGACGCUGGUGGACCCUACCAGCGCCUGUCUCUGGGAGCUGCGACUGUACUCGAGAGAUCCGCGGUUAGAGGGGCGAGAGGUACACAAGGUGCUGUACGCGCACGUGCCGCGCGAGCCGGACGAGCUGGAGCUGGUGGUGGGCGACUACGUGUACGUGUCGCGUGACUCGCUGCAAAACUCGCCUGACGGCUGGGUCGAGGCCACCUCCUGGCUCACCGGCCAGAGCGGCUUCCUGCCGCACAACUACAUCCAGCCGAUGGCCGAGUCCGACUCCUGGACCCUGCACAGGGCGCUGCCGAUGAGCCGGUCGGCGCUGUCGGAGGAGCUGGACGGGCCGCCGUGCCGCCGCCAGCCGCUGCAGCACGCCAGCAGCCAGGAGCGGCUGCGGCAGUCGCUCUCCUCGCUCGGCUCGGACACCUCGCUGCAGGAGACGGCCGAGCGGCCCCGCUCCGUCUACGACAACGUGCUGGUGACGGACGACCCGCCGGCCCAGGCGGAGCGGCCGGCGGCGAGGCCAGCGCCCCUGGCGGCGUCGGUCGACAGCUCGGCACCGCGCCAGGUGUGGGUGGCGCGCCACGGAGAGCGGGUCGACUUCACCUACGGCUCGUGGAUCCCGUUCUGCUUCGACGAGGGCGGGAAUUACGUGCAGAAGGACCUGAACAUGCCGGUGACGCUGCGGACGCGCUCCGACGGGCCCAAGGGCUUCGCCAAGGACUCGCCCGUGACGCAGGUGGGCCGCGUUCAGGCCCGCCUCACCGGGGAGGCGAUGAAGCGGCACAACGUGCAGGUGCAUCACGUGUACUGCUCGCCUAGCCUGCGCUGCGUCGAGACGGCCUACUUCAUCUUGGCAGGCAUGGGCAUGCAACACCAGCUGCCGCUGCGCAUCGAGCCGGGCCUGUUCGAGUGGCUGGUCUGGUAUUCCGACGGACUGCCCUCGUUCCUGAGCGUGUCUGAGCUACAGAGCUGGGGCUUCAACGUGGACGCCGGCUACCGGCCGCUCGUCACCGUGGAGGAGCUGCGCGAUCGCAAAGAGAGCUGUGAACAGUACUACCAACGCAACCACUUCGUCACGCAGCACGCGCUGCGCACCGCAGCGAGCGGCAACAUCCUGCUGGUGGGCCACGCGGCCACGCUGGACACGUGCACGCGCCAGCAGACGGGCCACCAGCCGCGCUCGGCCGUCGAGCUGCGCGCCUUCCUUGGCAAGAUUCCGUACUGCAGCAUUCUGGCGAUGGAGGAGACAUCCGGCGGGUGGGAGCUGAAGGACGCUCUGUUCCCCCCGCUGACCCACUCUUACAACCAGCGGCUGGACCUGGCCCUGUUGAAGUAGAGGCGCGGCCGACGGCGACCUGAGGUGGCGCGCCCGGCUGGCUUUGUGCGGCCGUUCCGCCGGUGGGAGGACGUCAGCGCCGGGAGGUCCGGCCGCCGGUGCUUCCCCGACGACGUGUCGACUGGCACCAGCGGCCGCCGGCCGUGGCCACCUCGCCCACCCAAAGACAACCUGCUCAGAAACUCGAACUCAUGGAACUGUGUUUAGGGACUGCUGUUCAGCGCACGCGACCCUUGCGGCUACGGCUCCUUCGCCGCGGCUGUGACGCAGUGUCAUGUUGAGCUAUUUGUGUUGAUGUUCGCCAACGCUGCGCUGUUUCCCGUGCUCUGCGCCGCUGCAGUAGUGCUGCCGUCACCGGCGCGUGCUGUGCAGGUCGUGCGGAUGUUGCCGCGGCUCUGAUGGUCUCGCUGGGCGCCGGUGGGCGGCCUGGCGUUGGGCGCGGCGCCGGCCGCGGCCUUUCCCCUGUUGUGAUGCGGCGAGGUAAUUCCCCGCGCCUGGAGGCUCUCCAUGUGUGCGCUGGGGUGGAGCGCUACUGCCGCUGCGUUGUCUGUUGUGCGGCGGCCUCCAGCCGGCACGUGCCGCCAUGCGGGACCGUCCGUGGGAGGGGGAGGGUCAUGUCAUCCAACGGCGUACCGUCCGUGGCCGCAUACGCCGGUCGCCGCCGUGGACCAGACGAACUGGAGAGGUGUGAGGCUUGGGCUGGAUUGUUGGAAUUGUGGGUUUGUUGGGUUAGUGUUCGUUGUAAACCGUUCGGACGGUGUUUUGAUGUAGCAGUGUCGUUUUUACGUGGAGCGCCAGGCCAGGGGCUGAUCAUUGCUUCAGUUGAAUUUCCAUGCAGGGGUCAGACCGUCUGAGACAGAGGUCUGUGUUGGAGACUAGCACGUGUCCACUCGGCGGAUGCCACCGUCUGAACCGAUGUUUUGAAACGGUAUCACUGCUGUUGGUAUUGUGGACCACAGCAGCGCGUAAAUGUAUGCUAAUUUAUUA